AUGAAACAACCAGAGUGGCGUCAACUGAGCACGUCCAAGAGUCAUGCCGAUCGUAGGAUUCUUCGUAGUCGAGUGUACGCCAUUGGCUCUCGUGAUGAUAUCGGAUGGGAUGGCAUGUUCAUAGAUAAUGCAGAUGAGAGGAGAAAAAAGAAAAUGGAGAUGAUCCAGCACUUGCAAUCUCUGCAACUAUUUGAUUGGUUUGCUCCACAUUGUAAGCAUGAAUCGGGAUCAUCAGAAUCUCAUCAUGACUUAGAAAUAAGAAUUACACGGCAAGGUACACAAGAAGCAGUCCAAGAAUUGCAUCAAGGUAUGCAAGAUGGAUCGAAGCUGAUAGCAUGGCUAAAUUUUGCGGCUAGCCAUAACGUUUGUGGUUCCUAUAGUGUUGAUAGCGGUGGAUCUCAAGAAGAGGAGGUCGCAACCAAUUGUGAUGGAGCGGUAUUGCUGGGUACCAUGGGUCAGUUCGUUGAAACAGGAUUAAAAUCAUGGAUACGGGGAAGAUGGGUAUCUUAUAAGACGGGCAUGCAUAUACCUCCAGGCGGAAAUUAUUGGGCAAUGACAAAGUUCAUGACAGGUCCGUUCCACGUCGAUUGCGCAAUGAUCGCCACCGCUUUUGCCGACUUUCGUCCUUACGUUCCAAUAUUCUGUCCGUAUUCUGAACGAAAUUAUUUCUAUUCGUUGAGCAACAGCGUGAGAAAUCAGGAAGAGAUGGAGAGAAGAUGCAUGAUCGAUAUUGAAGGUGUUCUGAAAACGUGUAUGGCAAAAAGAGUACACACUUUGGUUGCCGGUGCCACUGGGUGUGGAGCAUUUUGCCACAAUCCAGAUGUGGAAGCAAAACUGUGGAGAAGAUGUUUGGAUAAGGAAGAGUAUAGGUGUGGGUCGUUGCAGCAAGUAGUAUUUGCUGUAUUGGACAGAGAAAACAGUAAUAAUUGGAUCGCGUUCUCUAAGGAAUUUGGUUCACCAGAAAGCAAUACUAAUAAAGUAUGA